GGACUGAGAAGGUAUAAAUAAACCCCACCCAAAAUUCCUUUCUGACAGCCUUCUCCACCUGGGAACUACAUUUCAGUGCUAGAUCUCAUCAAGAAACAGAUAUCAUGGAUCUUGCAGAUGCUCUUGAUAGUGGAACAGCACAGAGCAAUCAGUCUGGAGGGCCAACAUGGCCAGGGCAGCCCACCAACCCAUCCUGGCCUGGGCAACCAGGCCAGCCCACCUGGCCAGGGCAACAGCCAGGCAUGCCAACUCAGCCAUACUGGCCUGGUCAGCCAGGCCAGCCAGCAUGGCCUGGACAACCCAACCAGCCCACUGCACCAGGUUGGCCAGGACCAGCCCCACCAACUGCCCCUCAAACUGUCCCAGCACUGAGUGUUCCAUAUGACCUGGCUCUACCCAGUGGAGUCUACAACAAGAUGCUCAUUACUAUCCAAGGGGAUGUCAAGCCCGACGCUAAAUUGUUUACAGUUGAUCUGGGCAGAAAUAAAGACAUAGCCUUUCAUUUCAACGCUCGCUUCAAUGAGGACGGGAAGCAGGUGAUAGUGAGAAACAGCAUGAUAGGGAACCAGUGGGGUCAAGAGGAAAGAGCAGCUCCUUCAUUCCCUUUUGUCCAGGGGAAGCCUUUUGAGAUGAAGAUCUUGUGCACUCAGACUGAAUUCAAAGUGGCUGUGAACAAGUCACACCUGCUUGAGUUCAAGCAUCGGAUUCGUGAGCUCAAUCAGAUCAAGCAAAUCAGCGUCUACAGGGAUGUCACACUUUCAUAUGUAAAUGUAGAGACACUGCCCUGAAAAAUGUAAAUCAUGUCAAUGUCGAAUUGUUUUUGUGGGUGGGUUGGUGGUGGUGAUGGUGAUAAUCACACUGUAAAGAACAUCUUAUUAAGGGUCUUGUAUACUGAAGGUCUGUGAUAACAUAAAGCACAAUCCAUCAUCCACCUUGAUUUGCUCACUAGCUGUUUUGUAAUGUAGUGGCAUGCUAAGAACCUCUAGAGGGCUCUGUUAAUCUGCUCUGUAAAUGUGGUUCCUCCCCAGCUCAGCUGAAUUUUAUUCCACUCAAAGACAAAUAUAUAAAGGGAAUGAAAUACAAUUAUACAGCACUGCCACAGUGCAACAGAUAAACAUUUUACAUAUAACAAUUGCCAUUUCUACAAAAUGCAACUGAUAUACAUCCUUUAAAGACCCCAUAAACAUGUUCUAAGUAUACCCUAUGAAUAAUGUUCCAAUGACCAAUAAAUGACAAUAUUUCA